CUUGGUAUUCACUUGCCACUGCUGGUUUUUUUUUUCUCAUUCCUUUACUCCCACAAACAGGCAGACCACAUAUUCACCUUCAUACACUUCCAUACAUCACCUAUCAAAAUAAUAGUAGUAAUAAUAAUUAAAAAUCAGCACUCGGGCUUUAGUCGUCAUGGAUGCCUCACUUAUCAAGACAAUAAAUAAAUUACAGGACGCCUUCUCUACCGUUGGUGUUCAUAACCCUGUUGACCUUCCCCAGAUAGUCGUCGUUGGAUCACAGUCUUCAGGAAAAAGCUCUGUCCUCGAAAACAUUGUCGGACGCGAUUUUUUACCUCGUGGUGCAGGGAUUGUUACUCGUCGACCAUUGAUCUUGCAACUAAUCAAUCGUCCUCUCCCCACAACAACCACGACCGAAAAUGGUAAAGACGAAGGCGAAAAAGACGAAAAGAAAGAGCCUGAGGAGUGGGGCGAGUUCCUGCACCAGCCUAAUGUGAAGUACACGGACUUCAAUCUAAUUCGAGACGAAAUUGUGCGCGAUACUGAGGCAAAGACUGGAAAGAAUGCUGGUAUUUCACCACUUCCUAUCAACCUCCGUAUUUACUCACCAAAUGUUUUGACCCUCACCCUCGUUGACUUGCCUGGAUUGACCAAGCUUGCGGUUGGCGAUCAGCCCAAAGAUAUUGAAAAGCAGAUUCGAGAUAUGAUCGUCAAAUAUAUCACAAAGCCAAAUGCUAUUAUUUUGGCUGUAACGGCUGCCAACACGGACCUUGCCAAUUCGGAUGGUCUCAAGUUGGCUAGAGAAGUUGAUCCUGAAGGAGCCAGGACCAUCGGAGUCUUGACCAAAAUCGACUUGAUGGAUGCUGGUACUGAUGUAGUCGAUAUCUUAGCCGGUCGUGUCAUCCCUCUUCGACUUGGCUAUGUCCCUGUUGUAAACCGCGGACAACGCGACAUUGACACCAAAAAAUCGAUUACUCGAUCGUUGGAAGCGGAGCGCGCCUUCUUUGAGGGACAUGCUGCAUAUAAGAGUAAAGCUCAAUACUGUGGCACUCCUUACUUGGCUAAAAAACUGAAUAUGAUCUUGAUGCACCAUAUCCGCAACACGCUUCCAGAAAUUAAGGCUAAGAUUCAAGCCGCUCUGGUCAAGUAUCAAGCAGAACUCGCAAGCUUAGGGGAUAUGUUGGGCGAGGGCACUGCAGGGCAGGCCAGUAUUGUUCUGAAUAUCAUCACAGAUUUCUGUAAUGAGUUCCGGACAAUCAUAGACGGAAAUUCUACCGACCUUACGUCGGUCGAGUUAUCCGGGGGUGCUCGCAUCAGCUUUGUGUUCCACGAACUUUUUGCCAAUGGAGUCAAAUCACUGGACCCUUUUGACCAAGUCAAGGAUGUCGAUAUUCGCACUAUUCUCUACAAUUCUUCUGGCUCCUCGCCUGCUUUGUUCGUAGGCACGACAGCCUUCGAGGUCAUCAUCAAACAGCAGAUCAAGCGCCUGGAAGAUCCUAGUUUGCGUUGCGUUAAUAUUGUUUUUGACGAACUUGUUCGCAUUCUUACACAACUUUUGUCCAAACAGCUCUUCAGGCGGUUUCCUGAACUUAAAGAUCGCUUCUAUCAAGUUGUCAUCAAUUUCUUGCGCCGACAACUUAAUCCAACCAACAAGCUUGUCACGGAUCUUGUCAACAUGGAGGGAUGCUAUAUCAAUACUGGCCACCCCGACUUUUUAAAUGGACACAAGGCGAUGGCUGUGAUUAACGAGAGAGUAAAUCCACCCAGAAAUCCUCCAAAUGCAGAUACCAAAGGGCGCAACUCUGCUGCAUCGAGUUUACCUCCAAGUCUCGAGCCCGAGCCCAGCAAUAAUGGAUUCUUUGGCAGCUUUUUCUCUGGCAAAAAGAAGAGAGCUGGUGUUAUGGAACCACCACCAGCUAUCCUCAAGGCAUCAGGGAAUUUGUCAGAGCGAGAACAAAUUGAAACCGAAGUGAUCAAAUUGCUUAUUUCGUCUUACUUCAACAUUGUAAAGCGCACCAUCGUUGAUACAGUGCCCAAGGCAAUUAUGUUGAACCUGGUGAAUACAGCCAAAGAUGAACUGCAACGUGAGUUAUUGCAAGAGCUGUACAAGACAGAGGUCCUAGACGAGCUGCUUAAGGAGAGUGAAUUUACCCAGAACCGACGCAGGGAAUGCAAGAAGAUGAUUGAGGCGUUGCAAAAGGCGGAUGUGAUCGUUGGAUCUGUAGGAGCAGCAUGAUAGAGAAAAAUAGCGCACAUUGUCCAUCUGAAACUUUGCAGACAUCCAAAUAAAUACCAG